UCCACCAGCUGCAAAACAAAAAGCAAAAUGAAAGAAGUUACACCUAAAACUCGUAACAUCCUAUCGAACGUGAAUCCACCGUCCGAGCUUCCCAGCUUCAUUACGGCGAACGUGGCAACAGCUGGUACGGAGAGUGUCCCACCAUCAGCCACCAGCAGCAAUCCCGCAGCCAUUGUCGAUGAUUCAGCGAAAAAAGAUGAAACCGAACCAUUCAUACCGACGAAAUUUAGUCCGGCCAUACCUGCCAGCAAGGAUACGUCGCAAUUUACCGCCGAACAAGCAAUGGCUGCGGCCGGUGUGCUUCCAGCCGAACCGAUACCGGAACCAGUGGGACGGGACUUUGCAAACAUGAUACUGAAUCCGGAACCGGUUGCAGCGGCGCUGAGUCCUAUCACGCAGGGUGGAUCGGCAUUGUUCGGGUGGAUGAAGGGUGCCGUAUCGGGUAGUGGUAUUCUCCAGAAGGUGGCCGAAAAGGCAAAGAGCUCGGUCGACACGAUCGUUACCACGCUGGAUCCACAAAUGAAGGAGUACAUCAAUUCUGGUGGAGACACGGAGGUGAUCGUGGCAUCGGACAAGGACGAUAAGGUGCGUCCGGUACGGGAAGCAUUUCAGAACGUAUUUGGUAAAGCCACCAUUAUUGGGCUACCUGCUCAAGCGGUUGGCAUUGCGGCCCAACCAGUCGGUUUUGCGGCUGGACUGAAGGGUGCGGAACAUCGCAUCAACAGUAUUCGGGCCGAAAAUCCUCGUGUGGACGAUCAUCUCCCGGUGGUGGCGGUAGAGAAUUUCGUCGUAGAACUAUUCCCCGAACAAUGGUUCGAGGCUGGUGCGAUCGUAUUGUUUGAUUAUGCGAAAAACAUUCUCCUCAAAACGGUCACACAGAUGACGCCUAUCCCGUUGCCCGUCAUCGCAGCACUGCAAGCCGAUACGCCGGACGAUUAUGUGCUGAAGGAUACGGGAUUUGCUACCACGGUCGGUAGCGUUAUGGCAAGAAAUUUGAAUACCUCACACACCGAAUGGCAUCGGUCGUACACAUCGGUUUCCCGCUCCGAGAUGAUAUUGACCGCGGCAAAAACGAUAGCGACACUCUACAAACGAGCCGUACUCGACUACGAACACACAGUAGCAGCAGCAGCAGGAACCGCAUCCCAGCAGGAUCCGAUGCAGGUGGACAGCAGCGUCAUCACCGGCGGCGGCGGCGGCCAUGGUCCCGAACCGGCGGAAUAAGAAUUAAUGUUCACCAUCAUUAAGGCUUGCCACUGUAAUCACUACUAAACGGAUGACUGAAGCGGAUGGACAAACAUGAAUUAAGCACAUUAGAGAAA